AUGGCCUAGACGCGGCGGCUGUAGCUCCACACUGACCGCAGCGAGCAGUAUUUCGAACUACAAUAACAGCAACAUGAGUACAGGCCGCGUGACUGAAAUAAACUUGUGUUUAUUUUUAUACUGGUUUUGUUGAUAUGUGUAAGAACAAUUGUGUGAUUGGUCAACGGGUCGAUUCGUGACUGUGACUGGAGGGUGCGCUUCCCACCGCGAUCAACUUCAAAGAGGAGAGCUGUAGCAGCAUCCAUACCAUCAGCUGAGCAACUCUGGUAACUGAAGAAGUUCUUUCGACAGCUAGCAGAGUGAAGUGAUCUGGCUGCUCUCGUUCUGCAGAUAGAGUGAAGUUGUUGCAUAAGAGCCUGAUGAGUGAGUAGGGGUAUUUAAAAGGUGAGGGCCCCACAGCUGGAUUUGGCCCUUCUUGCGAAGCGAACAUUCCUCCGCACAGCAUGGCCUCGGUCGCCGCUUGGCUGCCAUUCGCGCGGGCGGCGGCCAUCGGAUGGGUCCCCAUCGCAACUCACCCUCUUCCGCCGCCUCCGAUUCCCAAAGACCGAAGAAAGGCAGAUGACGAAAAGCUCCUUAUCAAUGUCUCUGGACGGCGAUUUGAGACCUGGCGAAACACCCUCGAAAAAUACCCCGACACCUUGCUGGGCUCCAACGAGCGUGAGUUCUUCUACGAUGAAGAUGUCAAAGAGUACUUCUUUGACCGUGACCCUGACAUUUUUCGUCACAUACUCAAUUACUACCGCACAGGUAAACUGCACUACCCCAAACACGAAUGCUUGACCAGCUACGACGAAGAGCUGGCAUUCUUCGGCAUUCUUCCAGAUGUUAUCGGGGACUGUUGUUAUGAAGAUUAUAGAGACCGAAAGCGCGAAAAUGCUGAACGACUCAUGGAUGAUAAAUUGUCUGAAAAUGGAGAUCAGCAUUUGCAGCAGCUGACCAAUAUUAGACAGAAAAUGUGGAGAGCUUUUGAGAACCCCCAUACUUCUACCGCUGCUCUGGUCUUCUAUUACGUGACUGGAUUUUUCAUCGCAGUUUCUGUUAUGGCCAAUGUUGUAGAAACGGUGCCUUGUGGUAGUCGACCAGGAGGCGCUGGUUCUCUUCCGUGUGGUGAACGCUAUAAAAUCGUAUUUUUCUGCCUAGACACUGCAUGCGUUAUGAUAUUUACUGCUGAGUAUCUGCUCCGAAUGUUUGCUGCUCCAAACCGUUACAAGUUCGUGCGAUCUGUGAUGAGUAUUAUAGACGUGGUGGCUAUUUUACCUUACUAUAUUGGACUAGGUAUUACUGACAAUGACGACGUCUCCGGAGCUUUCGUCACCUUAAGAGUUUUCCGCGUUUUUAGAAUUUUCAAAUUUUCCAGACAUUCACAGGGUCUUCGCAUCCUGGGUUAUACGCUUAAAUCUUGCGCUUCCGAACUUGGCUUCCUAGUAUUCUCACUGGCAAUGGCCAUCAUCAUUUUCGCCACCGUGAUGUUCUAUGCCGAGAAAAAUGAGGGCAAGACUUUCACUUCCAUUCCAGCCGCUUUUUGGUACACCAUUGUCACAAUGACUACUUUGGGGUACGGUGAUAUGGUACCUGCCACCAUAGCUGGAAAGAUUGUAGGUGGUGUAUGUUCCCUUAGCGGCGUGCUGGUAAUCGCUCUUCCAGUACCAGUAAUAGUAUCUAAUUUUAGUAGAAUAUACCAUCAGAACCAACGGGCAGAUAAGCGGAAAGCACAAAGAAAAGCUCGUCUUGCACGCAUUCGCAUUGCUAAAGCUUCAUCGGGCGCAGCCUUUGUUAGUAAAAAGAAGGCGGCUGAAGCUCGCCUUGCAGCUCAAGAAUCGGGGAUCGAACUGGACGACAAUUAUCGGGAGGAGGAUAUUUUCGAGUUGCAACAUCACCAUCUUUUACGAUGUCUGGAAAAGACUACCGAUCGGGAGUUUGUUGAGCUAGAGGUACCUUACAAUGGACACCCAAAGAGGCCAGGAUCUCCAUCGCCGUUAGCAAGCCCUGCUCAUUCGGCAGUCUCCAUUGGACUAUUUCAAUCAUGCUGUGGGCGCUGCUGUCCAAGAAGGUACCAACACAGCUGUGGAAAGUACAUGCCUGCCGCAUCUACUGCUCAAGCAAACCAAACUGGCAGUGGUAUGGAUGCAACGUAUCUUGUAGAAGCAUCUUUUUAGACAUAUCAUGAAAAAUGCCUUUAACAACGUUUUGCCAUUUAAGCCGGAUAUAUAAUAUAGAGGCUCAUUAAAACAUGAUCAUUCUAUCAUCGAAAUUACGACGUUUAAUGCUAGACAAUUUCAGAUAACUACUAAUGCCCCAGAUAAUAAAGUCUAUUAGAAAAAAUAUAAAAUUGUCGUUUUGUUAGUAGUUGCAUGAAUUUGUUUAAGCAGAUUAAAUUGAAUUCGUAACUACAUUGUCGUGCAUACUCUGUUCCUUAGUUCUUAUCGAUGAUUUAACACGUUACUUAUGGAAAUUGUACGUUUAGGUACCUCACUGUAAUAUAGACACCUGAGAAGAAAGACCUUAGUGAAUAGAAUACCUAGAUAUAAUUGCGUAUGUUCUGUCCAUGUAUCUCAAGUGGAGUUUUUAACUGUAUUAAAUUGGUUUAGAAAUAAGCAUGGAACCUUUUAAAUUUAAACUAAAUCGUAAGAUAUUAAUGUCAUUCAACAUUUGAAACAUCGAUAUAAUUAUAAUGUUACAAAUCAAGAUUGUGUCUUCAAAGUACUUGAAUGCACUAGUUAAAGUACCUACUAGAUAAAUUUAAUUAUGUUAUUAGCUAGGAAAACUAUAAAUUCUAAACGUUGUAUAAAAUACGUUAGUUCUUUGAAAUUUGACAAAGUCUAGAAAAAGCAUUGAAAUCUGAAAAAAUAGAUAGUUCCUGAUAAAAUGUAUGAAUUGAGUUGUUUCUGAACAUAUUUAUGGGCUAGUUUUUCAGUGCUGAUACUUGGAAAUCACUUAAUUUCACAGGCUAAAGACAACCUAUAUCAUUAAACCUAGAACGAAGUUGUCAUCAUAAUUAUUAUACUAUUCACGCAGUAUUUAGGUAACACGCAGACAUAUUUUGUCGUAGUUUGUUCAACAGUAUAUAUACUAUUUUUCUGCGGAAAACUUUUCAAGCACCAAAUCGGCAAAGAGGAAAUAAUCUGAGUAUUUAUACGAUGGACCGGAGUUAUUUAUUAGCCCUUAUCUUGUGAUAUUUCUAGUAAAAUCGAUUAGUUUUUAGUCAUACAAGACGUGCUGUUCACAACUGACGAACUCCAGUAAAUCUAGGAUCUAGGACCAAUAUAAUUAAGUAGAUAUUUUGCCCAUUUGACUCAAGCAUCAAUUCGAAGAGGACCUGGAGGUUGAAUUUGCUGGACUGGAGUAUAACUUGUUUUUUUUUGCUGAGAUUUAAUGGUUUGUUCGUAUUUUCAUUGUCUUGAAAACAUUGUUUGAUCACAAUAUCUCGGCUGUUCAGAAGUGGCUUUAAAGUUCUUACUUUCUUGGUGAUUGCUUAUGUUAAGGGAACAUCAGAGAAAAUCAGCCGUAGGUAAAGCAAAACCUACAACAUCAAGUUUCUACAAAAUGACCCAAUAUAAAGUUGGAUGAUACAAAGCUGAUUUCAUUAAUAACAUUCAGCCGGGAUAUUUCCAAAUUCUGGUAUUGACCAGUGAAUAAAUCUUUGUAGCACAAUCAAAGUCCGAAUAAACUGCCCACAAUUUGUUCUUUCCGUGAUGGCAACCCAACUACCCGCCAAAACAGUAAAUGUACAAAGAUCGUAAAAGAUGUUAGUAUAGAAAACAGAGUAAAUAUUCAAUUUUAUUGGUACCUAAGUAGGUACACAACGGUUGACACUGGAGAAUCUGUAUUGCAACCCAAUUUUCUGUUUUCAAACGAUUACGAAGCAGACGAACAAUUAAUUUAUUUUUUCAAUUUUGGUACUUUUUAUGAAGAUUUUAUUCAUCAAUAUGUGGCGAUGAAUUUAUUGAGUCAAAAACUUAACUCACGUAAGUGAGUUUUACAAAUUCUCAAGCCGUCAAGCGAAUUAUGAGUGUUGUGGACGAAUUUUUCGGCAGUUUUACUUUGUAUGGGCCCUUUACGUUUGUUUAUCAAGGGCGUUGCUCUUGGAAUAAAUCUGUUUUUUCUUUGGACUGUUUGGCAUCUGCAUUCAAAAGCAGAUUAAGUUUCAACUUUAUGUAAUAAAGUAGUGAUUUGAAUCCAUAGUCGCCUUAUUUUUAUAUGUGAAUUUUUGAUUAAUUGGGUACUAAACCUAGAGGCAACUCGUUAAAAAUAGGAAAUGUGACUUUUGCUGAAUAUGAGUACUUAUAAGUUGUUAAGUUAUUGUAGAUAGAAUCUUCAUGUGUAGAGGUGUAUAUAUUUUCUAUAAUUUAUAUUGAUAUUACAAUAAAACUCAACAAUCAGUAACCUAGAGAUAUGUAUACAUGUAAGGCGAUUAUUCUUAUUAUUGUUAUUAUGGUUAGUGUUUCAAUUGAAGCGUUAGUUGAUAGGAAAGAUGAGAGGCCAAACAUUUUCUCUUAUAUUCUAAAUGAAUGACCCUUUUACAAGGUGUUAGAGUGUAGUUAAUGGAAUUUAAAACAUGUACGCGUCUCUUAUUGUGAAUUAUUAUUAGAGAGAUCAACUAGAUAAUAAAUAUAAUUAAAUGUAGGUAUGCAAAGUUUCAAUUAAAAUAGGAUGCGAAACUUUUGAAAAUGUAUUUAAAUCUUUAAGAAUUAUUUAAAGCAAUCUUUUUUGUAUAGUUCGCGUCAUUUCUUCAUAUUCUAUCUUUUCAAGUUUACUGUAAAACAAUAAAUUUUCCAUAAGAUUA